AGGAGAGCAUUCCUGUCCCUGGAGAGGAGGCAGAAGGCAGAUCCCACCGGUCCUGAAUGUCACGGCAAAGGCUUCAUACUGUAUGCCACAGGCAGAGGGGAGCCACAGUGAGCUUUAAAGCCGGAGCUGGAAGCCCCGCCCCCUCCAUCCCCCCAGUCUCCUCCAGUCCUUCUGUUCUGGGAGAGGAAGUCAGCAGAGAAACCGCAGGGCCCCACCUGCAGGGGACUGAUGGGAAAGGAAGUGAGACAGGUGUGAGGUCUGGGUGGGACAGGAGGGUUCAAACCACAGAGUUUCAGUGUGUGUGGGGAGAACAUGGCCCAGGAGGAGGCGGGGCACAGAGGGUCGACUGAGGGGCCCCUGGACCCAGAUGUGCAGCCAAGACCACAGGCUGCAGCUGGCAGACCAGGGCUGGCGUCCUGCUUGGCUACGCACCACAGCCUUGGGCAAGAUGCCCUCAUCCGGACAAAGGGCUCAUGGGGUCGGCAAAGAGAGGAAUUUGAAAAGUGCCAUUGUUGAUGGGCUCCCCCCGCCGCGCCCCCAUCCCUUCCCACCUCAGAGCUUCAGGCCACGGCUGCGGAGCUGCUCGGGGUGGAGCAGACCCUGUUCGUGCCCACAAACACCAUGGCCAACCUCAUCUCUGGUGCACCUGCUGGCCCGGAGCUAUGGGGUCCAGGUUCACCUGGAUGGGGCCCGGUUGAUGAACGCCGCGGUGGCUCUGUGCAUGCCCCCUGCCCGCAUCGUGGAGCACUGUGAUUCUGUGUCUCUCUGUUUCUCCAAGGUAGGGAAGCUGCUGGGCCGCCCCCGACACAGGAGGGUAGAGAUGCCCACAGCAAGAGGCCGAGUUGGGUCCCCGAGCUCCUAUGUUGACAGCCGCUCACGCUGGGCCCCUCUAACCCCCUCCCCGAUGAGGCCACAGUGUCGCCCAUCCCUGUCCCUUUUGCCCCCUCCCGAGGACAGAGAUGCACACCCAUGGGCAGGCAGGCAGGACUCUCCUCUCUUCCCCCAGGGCCUCGGCGCAACAGUGGGGGCCCUGGUUGGGGGACCCAAGGGCUUCACUGAAGAAGCCUGGCGCCUCCGGAAAGCCCUGGGUGGGGGGAUGCGCCAGGCGGGGGUGCUGGCUGUAGCUGCCCUGGUGGGACUGACUGACGCUGAGGAGGUGCUGCUGAAGGACCACCAGAACGCCCAGAGGUUUGCCAGAGGUGCCUGGACACCCCCCACUUCCCUUUGGCCCCAGGGGUGUGCCUUGGGGGUCCCCUGUAGCCGGGCCCAAACCCCCAGCAGGUGUGCAUCCUUCCAACUCUAGAAGGUGAAGGUUAGCCGCUGAACCAGCAGGGGUGGGAUCCAGGUGGUCUAUGCUUUACCAGGCCACAACCCGUGCAGGUCCUAGACCAGUAGGCACCCAGUGCGUGUUAGUAAUUUUCUACAGGAUCCAGCAGAAUGUAGCCUUUAACUUGGGUUGAGUCCUCACAACAACCCCAUGAUGUCCCCACUUUACAGAUGAGGAAACCUAGACCCCAAGAGGUUAACGGAUUUGUCCAAGGUCACGGAGCUGAAAAGUAGCAGAGCCAAGCCUGCCCAUGUUAGGAAUAAGACUCCCUCUUUUCCUCCCACUACAGCUGGGCUGUCCUCUGCCUUUCCUGGGGUGACACGGCUGGAGUGGUAGGGAUAGUGGUGGGGUACUGGGGUUGGGCUCCACUUAACACAUGACCUGGGCUCAGGAACUGGCAUCCCCUGUCUGCUCCACGGAUCUCACCACCGUAGAGACGAACAUGGUGAUGGUGAGGGUGGAUGGGCUGCUGCCCGAGAAGCUGUGCCAGCGCCUGCAGACCGUGAGUGCUGACGAGGUGGCCCAGACUGGCCACGCGGUGCGUGUGCUGCUGUCCCCUGGACUGAGCGGUCAGUGCGAGCCGUGUGGCACCGUGACGUCUCUGCAGAGGACACCAAGCUGGCGCUGGGAAAGUGGGCGUUCGUGCUGAGGGCCCUGAGGAUGGGGUGACAGACUCUGUGCCCUGGGUGGGAUGGAGGGAGGCGGGGAGUGGAGGUGUCUCCAGGGAGUGGGUGGGAGGAGAGGCAGUAAAACAACACCCCUGUCAUCCACUGGUCUCCUUGGACCCCUUCACUUCCAUGACACAUGGGGUGAGGCCUUCCACCUGUUCAUCCAGCAAACCUCACGUGCCCCUGUGUCCGGGACAGGGGCCCAAGCAUGCAGGGACAGGUGGGACCCCAUGCUGGCUCUCCCAGCACAGCCCAGGAGGCAGCCACAUGGCUCAUGAGGGCAUCUUGGGGACUUGCAGGAGGAAGUGUGAGAGGACACAGAAAUGGACACUGGUAUUGGGUGGCCUAGUAGGGGGCUGGGGCUUUACCUCGCAGUCAUCUCAUCUGUAUUUACCUUUUUAAACAAUAAAAUUUUUGUGCUUAUGAAAUAA